CUCAUGGAUACGGUUAAUUGGAAAAUGCGCUGGGCCUCUUGUAUCAUCUGGUUUCUGUAUGUGUCACUGUGUGAGUGCUCACCUCUGCCAGAACCAGAGCCUCAAAUGUACGGGAAGGUCCAAUCCCCUCUGUACCCUCAGCCUUACCCUCCCAACCUGCAGGAGCAGUGGGACCUCGUUGUCCCUGAGGGCUACCAGAUUCGACUCACCUUCACACAUUUGGAUAUUGAAGCUUCUGCGAACUGCUACUACGACUCACUUACAGUUUUCUACAAAGAGAAGGCCCUCUGGAAAUUUUGUGGCAGUGAGAAUUCUGCUGAUGGGCAUCACCCAGGCAACGAGCCCAUCUUGUCUCCAGGAAACAGUCUCACCCUCAUCUUUCAAUCAGACAGCAACAACCCGGAGGCCCACCAGAAUCUGGGCUUCUCUGCCCAGUACCAUGCAAUAGACAUAGAUGAAUGUUCUGCACCAGAGCCUGGAGAUGGCUCAGGGCCACUCUGCUCUCAGAUCUGCCUCAACACUCUUGGCUCAUAUCUCUGCUCCUGUCAUCAUGGCUAUGAACUUCGCUCUGAUCAGCGCACCUGUGUGUUAUCCUGUGGCGGUGGUAUAUUUGAUGAACCAGAGGGGCAUCUGUUCAGUCCGGGAUACCCUAAUCACCCACCUCAUGCUGUGUCCUGUCAGUAUGUCAUUUCUGUACAAGAGGGCUUCACUAUUACUCUAAACUUUACUGACAACUUCCACAUUGAGAGCAUGGACAGCCCAGAGGGCCCGCAAUGUCUCCAUCACUGGUUGGAGUUGACUGUCAGAGACGAACAGCCCACAAAGCUAUGUGGCAAAACGAGCCCAGGACUGAUAGUCACAAACUCAAACAUGGUCAAGCUGGAAUACCACAUUGAUGAUGAAGGACAGAGCAAUGGCUGGAGCCUCGACUACAGCACACACAGGGUGAAGUGUCCAUCACCUGGAAGUGUAGCUAAAGGCAGGGUCACUCCUAAUUUGAGUGAAUAUCUCUUCAGAGAUUACAUCUAUGUACGCUGCGAUCAAGGAUACAAGCUGAUGAUGAAUGGUCGGGAGAUGGAGAGUUUCUCUUCCAUUUGCCAAAGCAAUGGGCAGUGGCACCUUCCUCUGCCAGAAUGCCACAUAAUUGAUUGCGGAGAACCUGACCCCUUGCUGAACGGAGGCGUGGCCUUCCUUUCUGGGUUUCAGAAUCAGUAUCUUUCUGUUAUUCAGUAUCGCUGCAAUGAACCAUUUUACUCUCUCCUUGGGGAUGCAAACGUUAACUUCACAUGUGAUGCAGACAGGAAAUGGAGAUCAACCCAUGAAGUUAUUGACAGUCCACUUUGUUUACCAGUUUGUGGUCAGCCAACAAAUCACAUCAAUGUGCAUCAGAGGAUCUUUGGAGGCCAGGAUGCUCCAGAUAAUACAAUCCCCUGGCAAGUGCUACUGAGUGUAAGUGGAAACAGGGCAGGAGGCAUGGUGAUUGGAGACCGGUGGAUUAUGACAGCAGCUCAUAAUGUAGUAAAUAAGGGAGUGAUGGUAGCAAAUGAAUCUGUACGGAUUUUCAUGGGACUUAAUGAGGUAAAAGCCCUCGAGAAAUCUCCUCUGUUUGCUGCCUCAAUCCAUGUUCACCCUGAUCAUCGUUCAUUCCAGUCUGAGACAUCUCUUCUGGAAGUUCAAUCGACACCAGAGCUUUACAAACAUGGGCUGGACCCACUGCAUCAUUUGUACAUCAUCUCUGUGGAGCCCAGAUUCAUCGUGACGCUCAACUUCAGAGACAAUUUUCACAUUGAUAAUAAAGAUAAUCAGCAUGGUUCAAGCUGCCAAGGUCACUUUUUACAGGUGACCAUUCCAGGCAGAUUAGCUAUGAAAUUUUGUGGAACAAAGAGUCCUGGUCUGAUAGUUACGAACUCAAGUACAGUCAGGCUGGACUACCACACUGAGGAGGAAGGUCUGAGCAACGGCUGGAGCCUGCAAUAUAGCACACAUGUUUGUGGUCAGCCAACAAAUCACAUCAAUGUGUAUCAGAGGAUCUUUGGAGGCCAGAACGCUCCAGAUAAUACAAUCCCCUGGCAAGUGCUACUGAGUGUAAGUGGAAACAGGGGAGGAGGCAUGGUGAUUGGAGACCGGUGGAUUAUGACAGCAGCUCAUUAUGUAGUAAAUAGGGGAGUGGUGGUAUCAAAUGAAUCUGUACGGAUUUUCAUGGGACUUAAUGAGGUAAAAGCCCUCGAGAAAUCUCCUCUGUUUGCUGCCUCAAUCCAUGUUCACCCUGAGUACAACAACCCCAACUAUGUAGAGUACAACAAUGACAUUGCCCUGAUCAAACUGGAAGACACACUCACAUUCAACUCAUCUGUAAUGCCAGUGUGUUUGCCAGAACCAGGAGCCACAUAUGAUACUGGUGUGAUGGGGCUGGUGUCUGGCUUUGGUGUUACAAACGAGAAUAAUCGUCGCAUUCUAACAAAUCAACUGAAGUAUGUUUAUCUCCCAGUGGUGGACCAGCAGACAUGCAGGGAUUCAGUCACUUCGGCAAGGAGAAGAAAUAACAACAUACCAGACUUAACAAAUAACAUGUUUUGUGCUGGACUCCCUGAAGGUGGGAAGGACUCAUGCCAGGGUGACGCUGGGGGCCCCUUCACUCUGACUAAAGAUGGGCGACAAUGGGCUGCUGGGAUUGUCAGCUGGGGGGUUGAGUGUGGAGGAAAGGGCACAUAUGGAGUCUAUACCAGAGUCGCUAAUUACCUGAACUGGAUCAAGAAGACCAUGCAGGAGAACUAAAGUUACAGUAAUUCAGAACAACACGGUGUAAAUACACGAUGAGGAAAAACAU